CGAAGCAGGCAACAUCCGCCUCACGCCGGCGCACCCCCAGCGAAGGAACCGUCUCGCUCCUGGUGACGCGAAAGGGCGGGCAGCGCGUUCAUUGGUCGAGCGACGAAUCCCGCCCACUUCCGGCUGUGGCCAUGGUGACCGGGAUCGGCAGCUCUAGGAAGAACAUUCCCAGAGGGAAGCUCAUGGAUCUCACCUUCACAGCCAUUGUCCCACUGCUUCUCGGCAGCGUGGGGCUCUUCGCCCUCUUCAGGCUGCUGCAGCGAAUGAGGAUGCGAGCCUACCUCCAGGAUGCAGUAGUGGUGAUCACAGGAGCUACAUCUGGCCUGGGGAAAGAAUGUGCAAAAGCUUUCCAUGCAGCUGGUUCCAGAUUGGUGCUUUGUGGCAGAAAUGGUGAGAGACUACAGGACCUGGUGCAGGAGCUCUCUGCCAAGGCCAAUCACGCAAAGAAUAUACACAAACCUUUCACUGUGAUCUUUGACCUCUCUGAUACUAAAACGGUAGUAAGUGCUGCUGAAGAGAUCCUGAAGUGUGUGGGUCAUGUGGACAUACUGAUCAACAAUGCAGGGAUCAGUUACCGAGGCACGAUAUUGGACACGGGGAUGGAUGUGGACAAAAAAGUGAUGGAAACCAACUACUUUGGUCCUAUAGCAUUCACAAAAGCUCUUCUGCCCUCCAUGAUCAAAAGACAACAAGGCCACAUUGUGGUGAUCAGCAGCGUUCAAGGCAAAAUAAGCAUUCCUUUCAGAUCAGCAUAUGCAGCCUCCAAGCAUGCCACCCAGGCCUUUUUUGACUGUCUGCGAGCGGAGAUGGAACAGUAUGAAAUCGAUGUGACUGUUGUGAGCCCUGGCUAUAUUCAGACAAAUCUGUCUGUCAAUGCUGUAACUGCAGAUGGAUCUCGCUAUGGAGGUGAGGAUUGGCCUUCUGUACUCAUAGGAAACAAGAUCACUUCUCUGCUAACAAACUACUCUCAACGCCUCCGCCUCGGCAAUUUGCCAGAUCUCCAUGUUGCAGUUAUGGACAAGAACACCAUUGAAGGCAGAACAGCUGCAGAGGUGGCUCAGGUGGUUCUUAAUGCAGUGGGGCAGAAGAAGAAGGAGGUGCUCGUAGCUGGCUUACUGCCUUCCCUGGCUGUUUACCUGCGAACUCUGUCCCCCAGACUCUUCUUCACUUUUAUGGCAUCUAGAGCAAGAAAGGAGAGGAAAGCGAAGGACUCUUAGUCAGAGCUCAGCUCUCAUGGGCAUUGACUAGGACAAGGAAACGAACUCAAGCAUCUUGGCUUUGUCUAUGGAUGUGUUACUUCAAGAAACAAAUUGAAAAGGUUGCAGCUUACCAUUGUGUGCAGAGUUGGAAGGUCCAUGCGGAUCACGGGAGGCCCACAGUGCCCCACCAUCACCUAGAGAAGGCUUCCUCUACUACAGGUGGACUGGCUGAAGCUGCAGGGGAGGAUACCUGAGGAGAACCUUUCCCACUCUCCCCACCCUCAUUUUGAGUUUUAUUGUUCUCCAGUGAGUAGGAACUAGUGCUGGCUAAAGCCAAGCACAGGCGGAUAGAUGUUAUUUUUCCCCACCCAGUGCUCCCAGUGAACUUCAGUCCUCACCCAGGAGCUCUCCAGAGCAGAGUCUGCCCCCAGUCUGAUCCAGAAGUUAUCCCUUGGGUUGGAAUGGUCUACUGUGUCCCUGGUACACCGCAUCACUUGAUUUAAGCCAAAAUUACCUGUUCAGUGCUGCUUUUUAAACAGUUUAAAGUGCCCAACUCCAGGUUAGGAAUGACACCAUGGAUAUCUGCACUGGAUGGAGCACAAGUGACCCAUUAAGCCACCUAGCCUUCAGAUCAGUUUUUGUAUUAGCCUUUUUCUAAAGUAGCUCUAGAACGACCAGCCCUCCACAGCAGCGUUCGGCUCCAGUGAAUGUUGCUGCCCUGUAAGCACGGAACCCCUGGAAAGGCGGCGGCAGCACCAAUGUGAACCUUUGACUGUAACACACUCAGACACCCAGCAUUGUUCUGCUGUGUGCCUAGAGCAAGGAAUAAGCUGUGACCCCUUUAGUGCCAGGCACCAAGCCUUGUGAUGACAAGGGGGGGGGGGGGGAGUGAACCUGUAGGUGCAGCUAAUGGAGACAGACCCAUAUGGUUUUACCUGUUUUAAAGCCAUUAUGUGUUAAUUGGGACCUAUUACCCCAAAAUACAGUGUGGAAGCAGUAUCUUGCUAAACAACUUCAGCAUUGAGGCUCCAGGGAGAGGGCACUAUCUGUCUCGUCUCCCAUUUUCCCUGGGCCUAAUGGAGCAUCUCCCUCACAGAGGGAGGCAGGACGCUCAUCCCUUCUCCCGAACACUGGUUACUAGUGGGAAGGUUAGAAUCUGUACCCUAAAGCAGGGUAGUGUUGCUCCAUUUUCCACUUGUUUGAUAGGGCAGGCAGAAGGGGAGCUGACUCAUUCUUAGCUUCCUUAUUUAAAAAAAACCCUGAUAGCAGAAACCGAGUAAAAUCUAUCCGUACCCAAUCCCCGCACUCAGCUGCUAGCCCAUGUCCUGUGCUUAUUCUUAGUCUCCAUUUCUGCGCACUUUACCACUCUUGCGUGUGUCCUGCCUGUAAGUGAUGAUGGAAAUAAAAGUUGUACGCUGUGUCCCUUC